CUGGCUCUUCUCACCUGCACAUUUCCAGGCUUCAUGUCGUUUCAGCCAUGCCAGGGGCGCCAGCCACUUUCAAGUCCAGCACCUCCGGGAUUUGACGUCUCCGAACGCUUGGAGAACUCGAUCCGGAACGUUCAUGUGCGGAACACCUUCAUCGAGGUGGACGAGGACGAGCCUCAUGCCGACUUAACACUCUCAGGUUUGGAUUUGCAUAACGCACCAGGGCGCACUUGGCGCCGUGGCCACUUGAGAUGUGCUUCAGAGCCGAUGUCCUUCUUUUUGUCUCAACCUCCGUGGGAGCCAAUGUCUCUUUCACCGCCGCCUUUUUCGAUGAGUGGAACACUCGGAAGUGGUGAUUCACGCCCAGUCGGCGCCGAAAGGGGCAGAGCAUGCACGACACAAAGGUCCUUGAACCAGUCUUUGGUUGCCACCAUUCAGGAAUCUCUGGACGAAUAUGAACACUUGAGGCAUUCUUUGCCCCAAUAUGUGAAGACUCCAACUCAGAGUCCACCUCCCUGGUCCAGGGCCCCGAUGCUCAUCGAUCCAGCUUGCGAGAUCCCCAGCUUGACCCAGACGCCCGAGCCCGAGGAGCUCGCGCGAGCCGAGUGGUUGGACUCCAUCCCAACCCGACUCGCGCUGCAACCGACGCGAUUUCGACAUGCCCGACAACGGUCGCGCACCAUCCAGGAAGACAGUGAACUUGAGAACGAAGAGGUCGCGCCCCCGUCUUUUGAGCCCAAAGAAGUGGGGACUUCUCCUUGGGACUCCUGGGACACGACACCCGUGAAUGUGCGUGUGCGCAACACCUUCAUCGAGGUGGAUGAGGGAUCGGAUGGUUGCACCGAUCCCUCCGACCCACGGAUGUUCGGGUCCGGACCCCGCCGGAUGGGCGCCGGGCACCUGAGAUGUGCCUCCGAGCCGACCUUUCUGGCGGGGUCGGAUGGGCGCCGGGCACCUGAGUUGGGUGGCUUCCAUUCAAGAAGUAGCAGCUACCAUGACGACAGCGUGGAGCACGAGAUUCUGCGGGGGAGUGAGUCCCCAGAGGUGCGUGGUCAGCAGAACCAUGUGCAGAACGAGGUUUUUCCAUUUCGUGGCGACACGGUUUCGGGACCAGUACCAGUCCCAAACCCGCGAGAGCAGCGAGGGCUGCAUUCAAUGUCAUUUCCCCAAAGAUCUCAAGAUCACUUCACUCAAAUGCCACACCAAAGCGCAAAGUCCUCCGGACUGUGCAAGUGGCACAGCCGUGGAAGCUGCAAGUAUGGGGACUCCUGUCGCUUUUCUCACACGAGCUCGCAGAGCCACGCGCAGAGCCACGCACAGAGCCACGCGCAGAAGCCCAAGAAGAGCGACAAAGGAGAGGUCCAACGAUCAAGCCCUUCAGGCCCACUUCCGGCAGGUCCUCUUUUGGGGGCCACUCCUUUUCCAGUCGGUGCUGUGAAUGCACAGGCCAAGCCGCGACCUGCGCAACACAAUGGGCAAGGGCAAACCAUCGGCCGCCAGUGCCGAAGUGUGAGCCCUGUCAGCACCACCGCGGGCAGCAGCGAUGGUGCCGAUGGCAGCAAGGCAAGAAGCUCCCAGAGGAGUUCAUGCGAGAAGACCCACCAGGUCUUUUGGUGUGAUGCCAGGGCGUUCAAGCAAGAGUUUCAAGGGCUCAGAGAGGAGCUUGAGAACGCCAUCGGUGUCGCCGCGAAGUCGCAUAAGACAGCCGAGAAGUGCAUGCGCUUGCUGAAAAAGAGGCAGCGCGUGCAAGCUGAACGAGGGAGACGAGUUCAGAAGGCUCGACCAUUGAUAUUUCUCGUCUCCUGGGCCAAUGCUCAGGAGCUAGUAGAUUUUUUACAAGAGGCACAACACAUGCCACCAGUGAAGGUGGUGGUGCUUUGUGACACCAACGGCCCGCGCACGCGAGCAACAGCCGAGAGGUGGGCCCGAGAGAUGCCAGUGGUGGAGGCAGUGGCAGCCACAUGGCCCGAGGCAAUCCAAGCAGUCCUGAGCUUGCUGUCAAGCGCCACUCCGAACGGCGCUUGACAUGAACUGAGAAGAGAGAUCAGGCGUCUUUCGAAGAGUGAACUUCUUGGAAGACUGCCUUCUUAGGAGGCUGCAAGUGGCUGAACAGGUUCUAUUUUUCACCGACG